AUGAAAACACCAACAAAGAAGAACAAAACAGAUAGUUCUUUAAGUCCUGCCAAAUCAUCAAAGAAGGAACCAAUGCCAUCUGGUAAAUCUCCAAGAAAACAAUUGCAAAUCUCUGUUUGGUCAUACCUAGCUGUUAUCAAAACUCAAGCAGUUGCACAUAUGAAUUUAGCAAAGCAAGGUGCUAUAUUUUCAUAUAAUUGUUUUAAUCUAGAAGAAAUAUUAAAGGUGAAUUUAAUUAUACUUAUUAAUCAUGUAAACACUAAAACUCAGUUGAAGUAUGAAUCAAGUGGAAAUAAUUCAACUACAGAUUUACAUGCUAAAACUUUGUAUACUAUUUUCACUGUCUUCUCUAAUCCAUAAAUUGUGGAUAUUUGAUUGAAAUGAGCUGGAACUUUUGUAUAUUCCAUAAUUACUCCUAGUCAGGCUCAAACAUUGCUGGCACAUAUGAUAAAAAGAAAAAACUGGUUCAGAGGAAGUAAUAUUAAAUAUCCCGAUAUAGCUCCAGAUUUGAAAGACGUGUUACAAUCUUGUUCACGAUCUAUCUGUACAUUUAACAUUGAAAAUACAAAUUUAGCAAACAAUCUUGAGCUGCUACAAGUGGAUGAAAUUCGUCAGCUUUGCAAGGAUAUGAACAUUAAGCCUAAUGCAAACAAAAAAAAUAACAUAUGUAAAACUGUUAAAAUUAUCAAACACGCAAAUCUCUAUUUCCUGGAAUGAAAAGUUCCAAGUACAGUUUUAUAUUCUUCAGUUGUUCGUAUGCUCGAUUAUUGUGUGAUGCAUACUGAUAAAACAUGGAAUAAUGAUAAAAUAUAACGUUUGUUAAUACCGAAUCAAGAUCCACAAAUAAGCGUAGCUGAACGUUUUUUACCAUUAUGUAAUAUUUAUGUAGGAAAUGUAACAUUUCUAACAUUCCUGAGAAACGUUUCCCAAUAUUUUCUUCCAACUGCAUUUGAUGAGCUAUAUCACAGCUAAAGCAACACUGUCCAUAACAUUACAACUAAUUGACAAAAAGAAGUGGACCAGAGGUACAAGACGUGGGUAAAUUAAGCCAUAAUACAUUAUCCAACACGUUAAAGGAAUCAUUAGGUAAUUCAAAAUUUGUUAUAAAAUUAAAUAAGAAAUUUUUAUUGAUUUAAUUAUGAAAUUUUCAGGUUAAAAACUUCCUUGCUUCCAGUGCAUGUAAGGACGUUAUAUGCGGUAUAUGUAUGGCUAAAAAUAAUUUCUGUGUGUAUAGACGCAUUUAAAAAGAUAAAGAUAAGACACAAGUAGUGGAAGUUUUACAUUUGUUACUAGAAACUGAUUAUUAUACCCAUUCGAAGAAAGGAAAAUGGU